AGUAAGAAUUUAGUUUCCUUAACCGAUAAGCAUUGUUCCCAAUUCCUUUUAUUUUUACCGAAACCGACACUUCUUCUGCUCUCCCUCUUCUUCACGCAAAUACACAGGCGCUUGCGCACAACCAAAACUCAAGUCGCAGAAAUUUUUAGUCAAACCGAGAGAGAGUGUUGGAUUGCCCUGCUUAAGUUCUUCAUCAACGAGGGAGCUAAAGUACCUUAUCUCAAUCACAGACCUCUGUUGAUCUAUCCAGUGGCGCAAAUAAUGAUUCAAUCGAAAAAAUACUCUUCCGGGAUAUCUAGCCACCAGUCAAUCGAUAUCAUUAUGAAGAACAUGCAACAGAUCCAUUUAGGCCAGACCGGUAAGGUGAAACCGAAAGUGCAUCAGUCAUUCCAGACCAAUUCUAAGAUGAAAGUAGAAGUCAGGAAUUCAAUCGAGAUCAGGAGUAGUACUAAGGUGCAAAUGCCAAGUACUAAUUUCCAGUCAUCAGUCAAAAUCAGAAAGGAGAAAAUGGAAAUGAUCCAGUCCUCAAAUUCUUCCGGCCACACAAGCAGGAACGUCGGCCGCCAACUAAUGCUACCAUCGAAGGAGACCAGCAAGGGGCAAGGUCAAAAUACAAGACCAGUAAGGAAGUGUAGUAACCACCACUCAGGAUCUUGCCAGACAACCAGGACCAGUACUAAGAGCAGUACUAGGGAAGAGCAAAAGAGUACUGAAACCCGAAAGCACUAUUAUAGAAAACCAUAAGCAGCAAAGCCACACAUGAUCAGUGAUCUAGCUGUUUGGGAAAAUAAGUUGACAGUACGUUCGGUAUUGCUCUAAUUAGUAUUCUAUAUAUUGUGAUCGAUCGGUGCUUGUGUUUUUUCGUUAAGCUGUACGUACGGUGGUGUGUUUGAUGAUCUGUGGGAUGAUGCCUUUUAAUAGUACAAUAUACUUAUGAUUGUUGUCUUUUUAUUUCCACCGGUCUUGAAUUUGUAAUCCUGUAUAGGGAAUCCGAUGGAGUUAAAUAAAGACUCGGUUACCUCGGAUCAUCUCAUAUAUAAGAGUAUUAGUAUUGAAUUAGA